AUGGACGACCAGCCCCGCCGCGACACCAUCGAUGAAGUGCUCCCGGGCACGAGAAGGCUCUUUACCGACGAAUGGGCGAGCGUGUCGGGUGACAGCGGACUCGAGAAGCAUGGCGACAUCAUCCUCGUCCCGCCCCCGACAAAGUCGCCCAACGAUCCCCUGAACUGGAGCCUCGCGCGCAAAAUAUGGCACUCGUUCCUCGUCUGCUACAUCGUCGCCCUGACCGCUGCAACCUCCAAUACGGCCGGCGCGGCGGGCGUGGGUGUCAACGAGGAGUAUGGCAUUAGCUACGACGUCUUCAACACGGGCGCCGGCGUCCUGUUUGUCGCCAUCGGAUACUGGACGCUGCUGAGCUCGCCCGCGACCCAUCUCUACGGGCGUCGCAUCCUCUACCUGGUUGGAACGGUAUGGGGUCUUAUCGGAAACAUCUGGUUUGGCCACCUCAAGAACACAAACGACACCAUCUGGUCUCAGCUCUUUGUCGGCGCCUCCGAGUCGGUCGCCGAGGCUGUCGUGCAGCUCUCUCUGCUCGACAUUUGGUUCGAGCACCAGAACGGUACUUCGCUGGGUCUGUACACACUGGCCACCACGGUCGGCACCUACGUCGGCCCUCUGAUCGGAGGCCACCUCGCCGAGAACAUUGGCUGGCGCUGGAUCGGCCACGUCGGAGCCAUCGCCUCGGGGUUUACCUUGCUCCUCUUCUACUUUGGUCUUGAAGAGACUGCGUUUGAGAGGAACCGCUACCUUGAUCUGCAGCAGAAUGACGAGCGCGACGCAGAGGCCAACUCGGUCAAGCCCGACGGCAUUCCCGUGUCACCCCCGGCUCACCAGGGUGGCGAUCUCGUCACCAAGACGAGCAGGGAAAAGUCGGAGGAGCCUGCUGACGUCGAGGCUGGUGUGGUGGACAUGACCGAGUCUUCUCGCCGCUCGCAGACUGAGCGCAACCGGCUGUCGGUGUCGUACUCGCAGCGCAAGACAUACUGGCAGCGCAUCGCCCUCAUCACGCCCGCCUCCAAUCUCCAGGGCAUGGGCUUCCGUCAGUAUGUGUCUCGUCUGUGGCACACGAUGCGCAUCUUCACAUUUCCUGCUGUGUGGUUUGCUGGUCUGCAGUGGGGAUUGCAGAACAUUGCGCUGUCCUUCUACCUCACCGUGGAGGAGGAUUACUGGAUUGGCCCUCCGUGGAACUACAGCGAUGCCGCCGUCGGCAACAUGAACAUCCCAUGCCUGAUUGGCAGCAUCAUCGGCUGUUUCUACGGUGGUUACUGCAGUGACAAGUUCAUCCUCUGGAUGGCCAAGCGCAACAAGGGCAUCAUGGAGGCCGAGUUCCGCCUGUACCUCAUGGUGCUCUGCGUCGUCAUCUUCCCGCUGGGCAUGUGGCUCUUCGGCAUCGGUUCCGCGAAGGGCUGGGCCUGGCCGGUUCCUUACGUGGCUCUGGGCUUCAUCGGCUUCGGCUACGGAUGCGCGGGCGACCUGAGCAUCACGUACCUGGCCGACAGCUACCCGGACAUGGUGCUGGAGGGCAUGGUGGGCGUGGCCGUCAUCAACAACAGCAUCGCCACCAUCUUUACUUUCGUGUGCAGCUACUGGAUCGACACGGGUCUUCAGGACUGCUUCAUCGAGCUUGGAGUCCUGAGCUUUGUCAUUCUUAUGCUGUCGCUGCCCAUGGCUGUCUGGGGCAAACAGUCACGUCGCUGGACCCUGGGAAGAUAUAUCAACUUCCUCCGGAUCCGUGACGGCAUGGACGGCUGA